GUUCUACUCGCGCAUCUCCGACUUCCACCAUGGCUGAACAGAUCGAGAAGGCCUACCAGCAACAGCACCUCUUCCAGAACGCCAAGCGGGUGGGCGGAAAGGUCUCCACCAAGACUAAGCGGUGGUACAAGGAUGUUGGUCUGGGAUUCAAGACGCCUGCUGAGGCAAUUAACGGUACCUACAUCGACAAGAAGUGCCCCUUCACUAGCGACAUCUCCAUCCGUGGCCGUAUCCUGACUGGCCGUGUUGUCUCCACCAAGAUGACGCGUACGAUCAUCAUCCGGAGAGAUUAUCUUCACUAUGUCCCAAAAUACAACCGUUACGAAAAGCGACACAAGAAUCUUGCUGCACACGUUUCCCCCGCCUUCCGUGUUGAGCUGGGCGAUAUGGUCACUGUCGGCCAAUGCCGGCCGUUAUCCAAGACCGUCCGUUUCAACGUUCUGCGUGUAGCGAAGAGCAAGGAAGCGACCAAGUCCUUUGAGAAGUUCUGAGGAGAGGAUGGGGUUUGGACCCGUGUUCGGACCAGGCAACUGCAUAUACUUUCAUAUGGGUCUGUGUCUUCCACUGAUAGGCUAGUGGGAUGCGCUGCAUGUAGCAGGUUAUGCAACUUUUAUGAGCCUAUGAUGACCUCCUCAGUAUGCCUGCCCGCUUGUCUUAUUCAGACCUCUGGAUG